GGACUGCCAUCUCCUCAGGGCCGGGGGGUCCUGGUCCCGCCGCCUCCCCCGGGGCACGGGGGGGACUGGUGGUCGUCCUGCGGCCCCCCUCACCUCCGUAGUGAGAAACAAGGAGGGUGGCACCGCACUUGAUGGUGGUGAUGUGCUCACAUCUUGCUUUGUUCUCCCCUGAUCAAAGCCAUGCAGAUGGAUUUAUUCCGGUAACUUUCAGCUGUAUUGAGGUGAGGAGAUACAACACUGAUUCCCUGCUAUUUUCUGACCUAGCUUUUAGCAGUUCUGCCUACAGUAGAGUUCAGUCCUGCUUUCUGCAGCGCUCCCCCCUAGGCUGUGCUAGAGCCCUACAGCACCUACCUACACCUGUGCUCUAAUAGCCAGCUUUUUAAGAUAGAGGAUGUUUGUGGGUUCUGCCCUCUGCCCCUGCCAAGAAAUGUGCUCAGUUUGCGAGGAAGUAACUUUUUUUUUUUUUUCUUAAAGCUAUCUGAGUAGCCUGGUGCCUGAGCAUGUGGUUUGCCUAUCACUAGCAUUGGAAUUUGGGCUGGGAGGUUUGCUUAGCACAAAGCGGAAUAUAGGCUUGAAUUAAGCUAUUGUGUUUCUCCAGAACUAGUGUAAGAGUAAGCAAAGUUUCUAGCUUACUAUUGAUGACAGAGAACCAUACUCAUGUAGAAGCAGGGCAGAUGAAAAGUUAACUGUGUUAGCUUAGUAACUUCAUUUUUACAGUUACUCCAGUAGAUACAGCAGAAAACACAUAAAUGUGGAAGGCAGGAGAACUUUGGAAGAUCAAUUACCAUGAGCUGCUAGUAGCAGAAAACCUUUGACAGGAUGUUGGGAUUUCUGAAGAAGCCGGUUGUGGUUACUGCAGAGAUAAAUAUGAACCUCGUGGCAUUGACUGUGAUGGGAUUAAUAAGCCGUCUUUGGGGGCUUUCCUAUCCACGGGCUGUAGUUUUUGAUGAAGUUUAUUAUGGCCAAUUCGUCUCACUCUACAUGAAGAGGAUCUUCUUCGUGGAUGACAGCGGCCCACCUUUUGGCCAUAUGCUGCUAGCUUUGGGAGGUUACUUAGGAGGAUUUGAUGGAAACUUCUUAUGGAACAGGAUUGGAGCUGAAUAUAGCAUGAAUGUUCCUGUUUGGUCCUUGCGACUGCUGCCAGCACUGGCUGGUGCUCUCUGUGUGCCUUUAGCAUACCAGAUUUUGGUAGAACUGCAGUUCUCCCACUGUGCUGCACUUGGAGCUGCUCUUCUGGUUCUCUUAGAGAACUCUUUGAUCACUCAGUCAAGGUUCAUGCUCCUGGAAUCAGUAUUGAUUUUUUUCAUCCUACUUGCAGUUUUGUCCUACCUGAAGUUCUACAAUUUGCAAAGGCACAGUUCCUUCUCUGGAAGCUGGUGGUUUUGGCUUCUGUUGACUGGAGUAGCUUGUUCUUGUGCAGUUGGAGUGAAAUACAUGGGCCUGUUUACCUUUAUGCUGCUCUUGGCCAUCGCAGGACUCCACUUCUGGCACAUGAUAGGUGACCAAAACUUGUCAAAUGUUUCCUUGAUGUGCCAUUUUCUAGCUAGGGGACUGGCCCUCAUCGUCAUCCCAGUGGCAAUGUACCUGUCCUUCUUCUAUGUUCACUUGACUUUGCUGUAUCGCUCUGGGCCUCAUGACCAGAUUAUGACAAGUGCUUUCCAAGCCAGCUUAGAGGGUGGGCUGGCUCGAAUCACUCAGGGUCAGCCCUUAGAGGUGGCCUACGGCUCUCAGAUUACUCUGCGGAACGUGUUGGGCAAGCCCAUGCAGUGUUGGCUCCAUUCUCACACGAAUACUUACCCCAUCAGGUAUGAGAAUGGACGAGGUAGUUCCCAUCAACAGCAGGUGACCUGCUAUCCCUUCAAGGAUGUGAACAACUGGUGGAUUGUCAAAGAUCCAGGAAUGCAGCAGCUGGUGGUGAGUAACCCACCUCGUCCUGUCAGGCACGGACACAUCGUGCAGCUGGUCCAUGGCAUCACGACUCGGUACCUCAACACGCAUGAUGUUGCCGCCCCUCUUAGUCCCCACUCCCAAGAAGUUUCCUGCUAUAUUGAUUAUAACAUCUCCAUGCCAGCACAGAACCUCUGGAGAGUGGAAAUUGUAAAUCGGGAGUCUGACACAGACGUGUGGAAGACAAUUCUGUCAGAAGUGAGGUUUGUUCAUGUGAACACCUCUGCAGUGCUAAAGCUCAGUGGAGCAUCUUUACCUGAGUGGGGAUACCGGCAGCUGGAGGUGGUUGGAGAGAAGCUGUCCAAAGGCUACCACCAGAGCAUGGUGUGGAAUGUGGAAGAGCACAGAUAUGGGAAAAGCCAAGAGCAAAAAGAGAGGGAAGUGGAACUCCACUCUCCCACACAGAUAGACAUAAGUAAAAACCUCAGCUUCAUGGCAAAGUUCACAGAAUUGCAGUGGAAAAUACUCACAUUAAAAAAUGAAGACACAGAACAUAAGUACAGCUCCUCUGCUCUUGACUGGAUCACAAUGGACACAAAUAUUGCCUACUGGCUCCACCCAACCUCUGGUGCCCAGAUCCACCUCCUUGGGAAUGUUGUCACCUGGGCUUCAGCUAACAUUGCUGCUCUGGUCUACACGUGUCUGUCCCUGUGGUACUUGAUCCGCCGAAGGAGAAAGAUUUACGACAUGCCUGAAGAUGCAUGGCAGCUCUGGGUAUCAGCCGGGGGGAUCUGUGUUGGAGGCUGGGCUGUGAAUUACCUGCCCUUCUUCCUGAUGGAGAAAACACUUUUCCUGUACCACUACCUGCCUGCCGUCACAUUCCAGAUUCUCCUGAUUCCCAUCGUAUUACAGCAUCUGAGUGAUCAUCUCUGCAGAUCUCUGCUUCUCAAGAGCAUGUUCAGUGCAUUGAUCGUAGCCUGGUUCUCUUCAGUCUACUUUGUCUAUUGCACAUUUCGCCCUGUGACCUAUGGGGAACCCUCGCUGUCUGUUACUGAACUCAAGGACUUGCGCUGGAAGGACAGUUGGAACAUCCUUAUCCGAAAACAGUGACAACUACAAUCUUGUUACAGGCCAAAGGAAACGCCUUUUAUGCAAAGCCAAGAAUUUAUUGUUAGUAUAAUUGAAAUCUUAACAGUCUGAUCAAAUAAUUGAUAGUAGUCCAGAUCUGAUUAUUACAGGAAAAGAAAAUAAAAGAAUACUGUUACAGAAAAGGUCUCAACAGUAAUAUAGCUGUUAUGAGCACAAUUCCCAGUUUCUACCCCUGUUACAUUGACCCUUCCGCUAUCCUUCAGGCUCUGAACAUUGCUGACUUCAGUCAACAGCAUCCUAGGUCCUUUGCAGGGAAGAGCAUGCUGCAAGGGAUUCUUCCUCUUUCCUGGGAGUGUGAUGUUGACGGUUUCCACCUUCUAGCACUACGUUGCACUCAGGGGUAUUUUACGUUUCCUAGCACCUUGGUCUGCAAUUCCAUAUUACAGGUUCCUAUAAAUGGAUACUCUCCAGCAUAACAGAUACUUUUCUCCGUUUUCUUUGUUACUCCUAAAAACUGGGUUUUCCUUGUUCUAAAGCUUACACAUCUUUAACAACCAGUAAUUGGCCCUGCGGUCUUCAGCAUCUUCCCAUGACUAUAUUCCUCAACAAUGUGUUAUUUGCCCCCACUUUCAAUGCUCUGCUAUCAUCCCUCUUUCAUUACAUUACAGUAUUAAGCUAAGUUUAUAAAUAGUUCAUUCUGCAUAGAAUAAUGAGUUGUUACUAUUAUCUAUGUAUAAUCAUUUGGCAUGACCAUAAUUGUUACAAAGCUAAGCAAAAAUAAAACAAAUAGACAUUAAAAAAUUGCUGUUAUGGCUAAACAAGCUAAAACAAAGCUUCAGGCAGGCCAAGAAGUCAGCCAAAGCCAGAAGAAUCCUUUGGCCUUGGGACAUUCAUAUGAAGCCUGUGGCCUGUUACUAGCAAUGGCAGUGUUUUAUUUACCAGGCUGCAGGGUUACACCUCAAAUCUUGUAGGAAGAGGAGCUCUGAGCAAGGUAGAACUGACAGUGCUGACAAAGAAACCUGCUCUAAUUUGUACACUUGGCUUCAGGGUAAAAAUAUUGUAGGUAACAGCCCAUACCCUGGCCUGCACCAGCAGAGGAAUUCAGAGGGUAAGAGAAGGUGCAAGUGAAGGACUGGGAUCACUCAGCGGGGAAUUUAUAGUAGCUCUGUAAAGAUAUUCAGCAAGAGUUUAUAGUACCUAUGCCACGUUUGGUUUGUUGGUUUUUUUUCCUCCACGUGGCUGCAGCAGCAUCUUGCAGUACAGCUCAAAGCUGACCAAGAACAGCAGUCCUAGACAGGCCAGGGUGCUUUUUACUGUAGCAUUCCUUACUGCUCUAACAAAUGCUAUUCAAGGCUGCUUUGAGCUCCCCUGCCCCCAGAGGAAGGUAUGAUCAAACACCACAGUCAUUCAAAGUAGGUUUUAGCAACUAUUUUGCUCUUACUUAAAUCAGACCCAAGAGCUAAUGCUUCAGUGCAGUAGCUCAUACUCUGUCUGUCACCCUGAGCUAAACAGCACCCAGCAGCAGUUAGGAAAUGAACUGCUUUCUCCUCAGCAUUAGAGAUGUACCACUGAACUGUGGUGAUCACUACUAACAAACCUUUACCGAUUUCCAGUGUUGAAAAGACUAUAGGGAUGACAGUGCAGACUGCAUUUUUCUUUUUUAAAAAGUGGUUUGCCGGGGGUUUUUUUCCCCCUCAAUAAAGCUUCAGCCAUUAUAGAACUAAAGCUAACAAUUCUGGGAAGAAAGAACUGUUGAGUAUAAGAUCAUCUCCAGAAGUGUUCCUUUCCGUACCUUUGUGCUGGCGUAGUGCAAGUAGCACAAAUAAUAGCUUUUACAUAAAGUGGUCAUUUCUGCUCACUGUUGGUUCAUUUGUUUAUUAGCCAAAGUAACACACCCACAAGCAACACAGCCAGACCUUGGUUUUAGAAAACUAGCAAAUAUGAAAAAGUUCCUCUUAAUAGUACUUCCCCCCCUCCCCCCUUGUUAAAAUUGCACCACAGGUCCAGACUGAAGAAGGAUACCACAAGGACAUUUUCAAAGGCCCAACCAGCACUUCAUUUCAGAAUUAUCUUUUUUCCAGAAACUCCAUGUUGCUGCAGUACCACUUAUCUGGGGUUAGCAACAGAAACUGGGAUGUCACUGUUUAUACUUGCAGCCUCUUGUCUGCUCUCUUUAGAAAACCAGACAUUCUUGAGUUUAAACCGCCCGAGCGCAAGGCAAGCGCUUUGACCCUGUCUGAGGGUAGAAGCAUGUCCAGAGCUGUUUGUACCACCAGAAGGAGGGUCUUGCAAUUCACAGCUUUCCCCCUUGCUGAUCUUACCACCCAGCUCUGGAAGUGGACAAAUUCUGCCCAGCAGAAUUUGCAACCAGCAGUACAGAAAUGCCCUAAAAGACACUAAUACUGACAAGGUCAGGUUUCUGUUUCCAUGAGCAACUCAAUCCAGUUGGAGCUCACACAUUCAUUAACUGGGGUAAAGGAAACUAUUUGGGUACAAAAAAAUAAUCAUACAGUGUAGCAAGGUUUGGAAGCUUAGAAAGGAAUAAAUUAGGAACCAGAAUCACACAACUUCUUGGGCCUGUCCCCCUGAUGAACUGCAAGUUCCCAUUUGUCCCAGACAGUCUCUGUUUCAUCUCCAUCUCGGGAGAGAUUCCUCUACAGGUCAGUCCUUCUGCCCCCACAUGCUACUACAGGCUAAAAAGGAGGCUGGCCAGCAGGACAGCAAUGCCAGAACUCAAGGUGCCAACAAGGUGAAAAGGACUGCACCUGCUUGUUAACAGGGUGUGAGCUAGUCUUAGAUAAAGAGACUGUUUUUUUCUUUUGAAAAAAACCAGGCAGAUAAUUUUCCUGCUAAGGAAGAUCAUCAUCAGGGAAAUGGGGUAUCUUGCUAAUCACCUAGUAGUGCUUAAUUUUCAGGGGAGACUUUAGCAUUAGAUCUCAUUUUGAAAAUUAA